ACACCAUCCAGAUCUCUGGAAGACAGACAAGAUGCUGCCUCCAACAGCCUGCUCCGUCAUGUCCUGGAUGCUGCUCUCCUGCCUGAUGCUCUUAUCUCAGGUUCAAGGUGAAGACUCCCUGAAGAAUAUACCCUCCGCACGCAUUAGUUGCCCCAAGGGCUCCCAGGCUUAUGGCUCCUACUGCUAUGCCUUGUUUCAGAUACCACAGACCUGGUUUGAUGCAGAACUGGCCUGCCAAAAGAGGCCUGGAGGACACCUCGUAUCUGUGCUCAAUAGCGCUGAGGCUUCAUUCUUGUCCUCCAUGGUGAAGAGAACAGGAAACAGCUACCAAUACACUUGGAUUGGGCUCCAUGACCCCACUCUGGGUGCAGAACCCAAUGGAGGUGGAUGGGAAUGGAGUAACAAUGACGUGAUGAAUUACUUUAACUGGGAGAGGAACCCAUCUACUGCCUUAGACCGUGCUUUCUGUGGCAGCUUGUCAAGAGCUUCUGGAUUUCUAAAAUGGAGAGAUAUGACAUGUGAGGUGAAGUUGCCCUAUGUCUGCAAAUUUACUGGUUAAACUUAUCAGACAGCAAACAUCCCGAAUUUGUCUUGAAGAGCAUCAUGGACAAGGGACAAAAUGUGAAGACUCACCUAGAAAAAGCAUUUUCUAUCUACAGUCCACAUUAGAGCCUUAAUCUGCUCUUUCCAUAUCUGUCUUUAGUCCUUUUGGUAUAAGUUUGGGCUCAAUUCUAAAAUAAAAAUAAGCUUUCUGUCACA